CUACGAUACUGCUCUAGCAACGACGAUCGAAAUCAGGACAACCUCAAGCCCAGCGACGAUGGCACGCCCACCCACAUCGGUAGACUUUUCUGACGAAUCAGACCCGGACUCUAACGAGCAGGUCUUCCCGGAUAAGACGGAGAUGGCACGUCUCAAACGAAGGUCACGGGCAGACCAGGAUCAGGACCAGGAUGGGCAGCCGGUAUCAUCGACAAUAUCAGUACCGACAAUGACGACGGCGAGACCUGUGCCCAAGAAACGCAAAAUCACUUCGGGGGCGAAUACGGGAUUGACGCCCGAGGAAAGGGAAAAGAUGAAGAGGACGUCGGAGAGGCUGAAAAAUGAUGCGCAGAGGUUGCCUGUCAAUGAAGCCAAGGACGCCCUAGUCCAACAUAUUCUGGAUAACGAGACCGUCGUCGUCAUGGCCGAGACGGGAUCUGGGAAAUCGACACAAAUCCCGCAAUUACUCUACUCUCACCCGGCUUCGGUGGCUUAUUUCCGGGAACGAGGACAGCCGACCUUCAAUAAUACCGCCUCUUCUGCUUCUAAAUCUCAAUCUCAAUCUCAACCACCCCGCCUAACCCUCCGUCCCCCGAGUCCUGGCCCGAUAAGCAUAGCCAUAACUCAACCACGUCGAUUACCCUGCGUCUCGUUGGCUAACCGGGUGGCCGAGGAGAUGGGCGUCAGGCUGGGGGACGAGGUCGGGUAUGCCGUCAGGUUUGAGAGUAAGGAGAGGGUUCCCGCGCAUGGCUAUGGGGGUGGGAAAGAAGGUGGGAAGGGUAAAGAGAGGGGGGUUACGAAGGUCAGGUUUUGUACGGAGGGGGUGUUGUUACGAGAACUGUCCAAUCACGCGUCUUCCUCGUCGUCGUCGAAACGGAAACGCGGGGAUGACGAGGAUUCGUUGGAGACGGCUACUCCGUCUGGGACGGCCUCGUCCUUCGGGUCCGGUUCUGGGUCUGGGUCUGGGUCUGGUGCCGGUGCCGGUGCCGAUGGCAAAUCGUCCUCGCCCUCAGCCUCGACGUCGACGCCGGACGAAGCUUCCCGUCUGCUCCUCCGCUACGACGUCAUCAUCAUCGACGAAGCGCAUGAACGGACGUUGAAUACGGAUUUCUUGUUGGGGAGUUUGAAGCGGAUCCAGGCAGAGCGGAGAGAGUUGACCAGGCGAUUGCGUCGGCGUGGGCGGGGCGGCAAGCAGGAUGAAGAUCGAGAUGGGCAAGGUAGCGGGGACGAGGUGCAGACGGUGACAACGAAUCCGGCGACGUAUAGAGGGUUCGAGAUGAGAGAGUUGAAGCUGGUCGUGAUGAGCGCCACGAUCGAUGCGGAAAAGUUUUCCAGCUUUUUCAACAGCGCUCCGAUCCUCUAUAUCAAAGGUCGAACGUACCCGGUCGUCAUUCACCACGCCCAAGCUGAUCCGGGACCGGACAAGGUCCAGGCGGCUCUCCGGCAAUGUCUGAAGAUUCACCUCGAUCUGCCUCCAGGGGAUGUCUUGGUGUUUAUGCCAGGCCAGGAAGAGAUCGAUAGUCUGGUCAAGAGCCUGGAACAAUGCAACAAGCAGCUCCCACCCGGGAUCGACGAGAUCCUCGCCGCCCCUCUCUAUCGAAACCUCUCCGACGUCAAACAACGUCAAGUCUUCAACACUACCCCGAACCACAAGCGCAAGAUCGUUGUCUCGACCAACAUUGCCGAGACGGGGUUGACCAUACCCAAGAUCGUCUACGUCGUCGACUCGGGGUUGCAAAAGGAGAAGAACGUCGUGCCAUUGAGCAAGGGAGGGACGGUCUCGGCGUUGCAAAGUCUACCGUGUAGUCGCGCUGCGGCGAAACAGCGAGCGGGUCGUGCGGGUCGUACCGCCGCCGGCGUAUGUUACCGACUCUACACCAAACUCGACUACGAGAUGCGGCCGCAAGAGACGAGUCCCGAGAUCCAGCGAGCCGACCUGGCCUCGGCCUUGCUGCAGCUCAUGGCCUGGGGUCAGAAGCCGCUCGAAUUUGACUAUCUCGAUCAGCCCGAACGGUUCAGUUUGAUAUCGUCGCUACGCCAACUUAUGCAGCUCGAGGCCAUCCCUGUCGGGGCCUCGUUCACCAUCACUCCGGUCGGCCGACAGAUGCUGCACUUUCCCAUCAACCCGCUCCUCGCCAAGGUCCUCAUCGCGUCGUUCAAACUCGGAUGCACGAGCGAGGUCGUCGACAUUAUCGCCUUGCGCGAGGCUGGCAAUCCGAUCCUCGAAUCCUACUCGACACGUGAACAGGCCGACAAGACGAGGAGGGCGUUUGUGCAUCGGGACGGGGACCACAUGACGGGGAUGAACGUCUUGAGGGCGUUCCUCGAAGUGCUCGAACAGGCUCGCAAGGAGAAUCCACAGGCGGCUGCCGGCGACAAGCCCGUCCGCAAGGCCGUCACCGAUUGGUGCAACGAACACUCGCUCAGUUUCCGGGUGUUGAACGAGGCCAGGCUGCUUCGUACCCAGUUGCAACAGCUCGUCAAGUCUACAGGGCAGGACCCCAAAGUCUCGGCUGGCGAGGAUUCGAGCCGGGUCAUGCAGUGUCUCUCCAAGGGGUUGUACAUGAACGCCGCGCGAUUGCAGCCGGAUGGACUCAGCUACCAGCCCGUCCUCAACCGGAUAUCAGACAAGGACGGCCUCAAGAUUCACCCUUCCUCGGUGCUGGUCGGUAAAAAGGUGCCCACCAUUGUCUACGACGAGAUUGCCCUGACGACCAACUACUAUGCCCACAACGUAUCGGCCAUCGAAGAGGCUUGGCUUUCGGACAUCCCUGGUCUGAGCGACACGUCGAUACAGUCGGUCAAGCAGAGCUUCGAGGGCAAGGCGGAUGUCGUAAUGGAAUAGACUCGGGGCCGCUCUAUGUACAACG